GCGUGCAGAGCGCGGAAAUGGCGGCGCCCCCGCGGAAAGUGUUCGUCUGGGAGGACGGCACCCCCAUGCGCUUCUACAUACGGCCCGGGUUGGCCAAGCUGCGCCUGGCGCCGCUGCUGCUGGCAGGGGGCGCGGGGCUGUGCCGCGUGCAGGAGCCGGGCGCCGUGCACCUGGCGCAGCCCGGGGAGCCGGCGCCCGACGGGGCUGUCUCCACCGAGUACGUGAGAGCGUGCGUGGAGAGCCAGCGGAGGCUGCCGCUGGACCGCUACUGGCACAGCGGCCCCGCGCCGCUCGCCGCCUCUCCGCGCGGCCGCCUGCCCUUCACCGAGGCGGAGGACGCGGCGCUGCUGCGGGCCGUGCGCGAGCGGAGCGGGGCGCGGGUGAGCGGCACGGCGCUCUGGAAGGAACUGGAGUGCGCUGGUCUGACGCGGCACAGCUGGCAGGCCAUGCGCGACCGCUACCUGCGGCACCUGCGGCCGCUGCACCGGGAGCCCCAGCGGACGGAGGAGGCCGCGGCGCCGAUGGGCAUUUUCGAGGCAGCGAAUCGGGAGUUCGAGAGCUCCGAGUCAGGAAGUGACACCACAGACACUCCAGAUGAACUUCCUAUGCAAAAUGGAGAAGGAAUGCUUCCAGGUGACACAGCAUCUGGCUUGAAAACUGGACUGGGGAACUGUGCUCUCCCUGCUGCUCAAGGAGAAAAUAAACGAACAAAUGUAUGCCCUGAUUCCAGCAAGGCUAAAGAAGCAGCACAAAUUAUUCAGCACUUCGCGGAGGAGUUCCACAUGGACCUGCUCACUGUUACACAGGCCUUUCUGAAAAACAGUGGUGAAGUGGAGGCUACUUCAUACUAUUUGCAUGCAGGGCAGCGCCUGGAUGGGUACCCUGUGUGGAGCAGAGAGGAUGACUUAGAAUUGCAGAAGGAUGAUGAAGAUGUCAGAAGUAAAUUGAUAGCAAAAUUUGGAGCCGAAAAUGUAGCAAGGCGAGUAGCAUUUAGGAAAAGUUAAAAUAGGAAAGCAGAGUGAAAUGACUGAUCUAGGACUGUGGCAAUAAUUUGCUUGUUUGUUUUUUUUUUAAGUCACUUCAGAAUAGUACUUUAGAAUUUUCCAUCACACUUGCAUUUCUAAAAGUUCCAGAAAUGCUUUAAAAUAAAGCUUAUAAAAGGUUGUUGUACUGUGUUCAGAAUAUACUGAAGUGAAAAUGGUGGAGAGGUCCUAUCCAGUAUCAAGUUUUCGCACUGCAAAUUUGAUUUUAAACUGUAUAUCUACUAUAUUUUUCUUGACAGUCUGACUUGUACUUUGCUGUAUGCAAAGGAUUUUGAAUGGGCUUGGCUAAAUCUUAUUCAGUUCUCUAAAGCUUUAUUAGUAUGCUGUCUGUUUCAUGUGUCAUUUAAGAGUACUGCAGGCAGUCAUCUAAACCUGCUCUGCUGGCUGUUUUCAUUAUCUUUUUGUUGUUAUUAAUAGACCUUGAUUAGUAGCUGACAUGUGGCAAAGAUACCACUGAAAAUUUAGUGGCCCAAAAAGAGGGUCAAAAGCAUUCAAGCAAGAACUUAUUUGAGGCACUUGGUCUAAUGAAUCAAUGUUGAGAUUGGGAAUGGCCAAAAAUGUUCUCUGGAACAUUGUAGUAAUCAGUAUCAUAUUACAGUGAUUUCUCAAGCCAGCAGGCAGUCACUGGUAUUUUUAUUACCACUUUAAUAUGUAUUCUCCAGUGCUAAUACUGCAGGAUUUGCUUAAUAGCAUUAAAUGUGUCAUCUGGUGUUAUGAUUUCAAAAACAAUGAUUAGCUCUUUCCUGGCUACAGGUUGAAGAGUCCCAGACUCCUCAAUCUAGGUGAAGUAAUUUAGCAUCCAUCUCAGACUUGAAGUAAAAAAUGUGUUCAAAGUAUCAGCUGUGUUGUUUGAAGGAGUGAGAAAAUAAUUUCUAAUAUAUGGUCACAAUCUAAAAAAUUCAGUUAUUUAAACCUGAAAUUGUGCUCUGGACUCUAUUGAAAUGUUAUUUGAACAACCACUCAAAGCAACAGUUUGUCACUAGUGGUUUAUAACUCCUAUAAGUCUGGAAUUCAGUCAUCCUUUUGGUGAAGUAAAAUGGCCUUAUAAAAGCAGAGAUUGAUAUUUUUCUACUAUUACUGUUAUAUAUUUGUAACAGUUAUAUUUACUAUUUUUGCUUAUUGCACUAGUACACUUAGUAAGAUUAAGCUGAAUUUGGAAAUUGCCAAGUCUAAGCUGAAUUCCACGUUAUCUUGAAAGUCAGUGGUAAUUUCGUGCACUGAGACUUCUGCUUCAGAAAAUGGAUGUCUUGAAACACCAACUGACUGCCUUGUAGUAUUGACAAAUGUUAACAAAAUAAAUGCCAGAACUUUAA